GUCAGAUUGUGCAGGACGCCGUCCAUGGAAUGAUUGAGUUGGAGCCUUUGGCUCGACUCAUAGUGGACACUCCGGAAUUUCAGCGACUCAGAGAAGUCCGCCAGCUUGGGCUCAGCUAUUUCGUAUUCCCUAGCUGUCAACACACACGAUUCGAACAUUCAAUCGGAACAUAUCACAUGGCCAAGCGGUUAACCGAGGCAAUCCAAUCCGACCCAAUCUACACAGGACCAAAAAUGACUUCACAAGAACAGGCCGCUGUGAAAAUCGCCGCUUUGUGCCAUGAUCUUGGCCAUGGUCCAUUUUCGCAUUUAUGGGAAACUUUUGUGAGACGUGGUGGACCAAAGUACUCCAAGUACAAACACGAGAAGUUAAGCUGCCGGGUGCUGGAGCACAUCGUUCAAACGAACCCGGUGAUCCAAAGUAACCUGGAGAGUGAAGGGAUCGAUCUGGACCUGGUGAAAUGUUUAAUUAUGGGAACACCACAAAAGCGUGCCGAUGAAUCCUCGAUUGAAAAACCGUAUUUGUAUGAAAUUCUUAGCAAUCAUGCUAACGGUAUGGACGUGGAUAAAUGGGACUAUCUCCUCCGAGAUUGUCUCCACGCCGGCCUAGGCCAUGGGUCGGCCACCAUCGACUUGGAACGAUUCAUGCACUUUUGUCGUCCAGCUCCCCAUCCACGUGCAGAAUAUGAUGACGUCAUGUUCGGGACCCGCACAGUCGCUGAUGACCCAGACAAACCUAGCUACAGUUGGCAUCUGUCGUUUCGUGAUACAGAAUUGGAGAACGUCCUGCGAACUUUUGGGUUACGACAGCACCUUCACCAGAAACUGUAUCAACAUAAAACCGCUUCUGCGAUCAGCUGCAUGGUGCUGGACAUGUUGGAAUUUAUCGAACCAGUGCUACAAUUCCGUUCCCUCAGCCUCAAGGCUCUUGAAGGCAAUGAUUCGGGUGAUCUGGUCAGGUUUUUGCAAUUACACGACCACAUCCUGUGGGACGUGUACAAUCGAAGUUUUCACACGCCCACCGGACCUGCCAGUGAAAGCCUCGAGCAGGCCAGGAGCCUCGUCGAUCGCAUCCUACGACGACAGCUGUAUUCCUACGUGGACAGUGUUUUCGAAGUACAUAGCAGGGAGUCCAAGACGCCGUCUCGCAGGAGUUCCGUCUCCGAACACCAUCACGCAUCCACACUUCGGUCUGGAAUGGGAAUUCGUGAACCGUUGAUAAGUGAACCACUGCCUCCGGACUGCAGAAUCGUUGGACGUCUUUCAUUUGACCAGCCACUGGAUACGGCCGGUGCGAUUUUGGAGGAAGUGUUUGCUCGUCUUCCGGAAAAUUCCCCCAUAAAGGACAAACGGGAGCUACUGAUUGAAAAGGCCAGUUUCAGUUCGAACAGUACUCCACACGCCCCAGAGUUCUAUUUUUACACCAGAACAGGAAAGACGUUUAUCUACGAUGAACCGUUGCGAGUCGUCCAUGCUUACCGAUUAUAUUGGAGGGGACGCGCAACCAUGGAGUUGGACAUUCCGCGAUCGGAUGUUCCUGAAGCCAUUCAAGCCCUGGCAACAGCCUUUGAUCUGUGGCAUCGAGAGAAGAAAAAGGGAAAGAUAAGAAAGUCCCAUAGCUGUAAGGAAGUUGGUCGAUGGCAAGAUGUCUGUAUGUUCGAGCAGCAGCGGGAUAAGUAUAUCUGGGCACCAUAUCGGAUUAAGGCACCCAAAUUGCUUUGCGAAAUUCAUCUCAUAAGACUCGAGGACAAAACGACAGAUGAACUAUAG